AGUGUGGGUCGCAGUGCUCACAAUGAAACGGUUGUUCCCUUUGUAUGUAAUUGUGCAGUGGCUGGCUAAGGGUGUGUUGGGACUUUCAUGCUCUCUCACAAAAGCGCUCUCUUCCACAGCUGCUUCGUGUCGGUGACUACAAGAAGACUCGCAGCCAAACAAUCCUUCCCACUGUAAUGCUUUCAGAGCCCAAAGCCGAAGCCAUAAAACACCGGAGCAUGAAUUACGGCAAAGAGUUGGCUUCUUGUCAGGACUUUAUAGUGCAAAGCUGACGCACUCAAGCUCCAAAAGAGAGAGAGAGAGAGGGAGGGAAGCUGGAGGAGGGGCAGUAGCCCGGCAGGCAGCUGUGGUCAGACGGAAGGAAUCAUGUUUGUUGUGAGUGACAAAACAGCUGACUGAAUGUUUGCUUGACUGAAUGUUUGCUUUCAUGCAGUUCAAGGUCAGCAAGUUCCGGCAGCUUGAAUGAAGCCCAGCGGGGGGAUGCUCGCUUACACGCGGCAGCCGUGUAUGUAGAACAGGGAGCAGGAUGUGAGAAGCUUUGGAUUACUCCAGCCGUCUGCCGUGCGCCCACUUGGGGGGAAUGGGCCCGGCCUCCAUGCAAGGAGAGUCCAUGACAGAGUCCGAGGAAGAGAUGGAGAGCUACGGCUGCCUCCUCCAGGCCCGAUCCCAGCUGGAGAGCACACUGCAGCAGGUGACGGUUCCAGUGAGCAUGAAGGAGGUCGGCGGCUACAUCGAGAAACAGGUCGCAUACCUGUCAGGUGGCCGCGGAGAAGACUCCAGUGUCAUCAUCACGCUCCCGGAAAGCUCCGCCUUCAGGGACAUACCGGAAGAGGCCUUGGCUAAAGUCUUCACGUACCUCACGCUCAUCCCUCGAACGAGGCAACCAGGAGUAAAGUUCAUCAUCAUUUUAGACCGAAGAUUGGACACAUGGGCUUCGAUCAAGACUGCAUUGGCCAGAAUAGCAGCCUCCUUUCCGGGGAACCUCCAUCUGGUCCUGGUGCUCCGACCCACCAGUUUCUUCCACCGCACCGUCACUGACAUCGGCUUUCGCUUCACCCAGGAGGACUUCAUGCUGAAGAUGCCUGUGGUGAUGCUGAGCUCCGUCACAGAUCUGCUGAAGUACAUCAAUGAAAACCAACUGACGUCAGAGUUCGGAGGCACCCUGGACUACUGUCACAGCGACUGGAUUGUUUUAAGAACGGCCAUUGAAAGUUUUGCCGUCACAGUGAAAGACGUUGCGCACAUGCUGCAGGCCUUUGGCACUGAACUGGCCGAGACCGCCAUGCCCAGUGAGGGUGAUGCCAUUCAGAGUCUCCUGGAGUCUCACACUGAAAAAUACAGAAAGCUUAAGGAGGCCAUUCGAUCUUUAUCAAAAGAGGGUCAACAUCUUUUGUCAAGCCUGGAGACCACCACCACCAGAGACAACAAUGACCCUCACUGGGAUGUCCAGCUGGACUGGGAGACGGUUCAACGGCUCCUGACUCAACUCCGAGACAUGGAAUUGGCCUUUGAUGGCUACUUUGAGAAGCACCGUCUGAAACUGCAUCAGUACCUGCAGCUGCUCACGUAUGAGCAAAGCUUUCAAGAGAUGGAGUCGUGCCUGUCUGGCGUGACGUCUCAGCAGAGCCAGCUCUCCACGACGGUAGACACGCUGGCUCAAGCCGAGCAGACUCUUAAACAGCUGGAGACUUUGGAAACACUUGCUCAGGAAGCCGUGUCUCGCUCCCAGAUCGUCAUCCUUCGUGGCCACCAGCUGUCGGCGGGACACCACUACGCCACGGCUCUAAUCAUGCAACGCUGCAACGAGCUGCGGCAUCACUGUGAUAGCCUCAAUGCUGCUUUGGGGAACAAACGCUGUCAUCUCCUGCAAGCGCAGCAGCUCCUACUGUCUCUGGACCAGGCCCAGUCCUGGUGUGACGAUGGAGCCUAUAUGCUGGCCAAUCAACUUGUGGAGAAGUUCCACUCCAAGGAGGGAGCACAGACUGCUUUGAAGGCUAUCGAGAGUUUCCUGGAGGGUUCGCCCUCCAUAAUUUCAUCUGCACCUGAAGUUCUAGCUUUGGAGUAUGAGGCUGUCAUCACUCCUCAGCUGCAGGAGAAGAUAAGUAAAACGUUUGAGAAGCACGCAGCGGUGCAACUGAUGAUCCAGAACCGACGGGUCGAUCUGAGGAAGCUGGCCGACAAACACGUCCGACCGGUCCAGCUGGUGGCCCCCCGUGCUGAGAACCCCCCUCGCUCAAAAUCGCCAAUUUUCUCCCCCAAGCACGCUGACGGUUUAAAAUUCACAUUUGAUCUCCCACUUCCUGGAAAGAGGGCAUCCCGAAAAGGCCCCAAUGCUCGCAAAAUCGAGGUCAUUCAUGACUACCAGGAGAGCCGCAGUUGUGUGUCGUACGGCGUGGAGGGAGAGGACAGCCCGGAUGUCCUCAAGCGUCACGUGAUGAGAGAGCUCAUUGAGACGGAGAGGAUCUAUGUGGAGGAGCUGCUGUCGGUCCUUCUCGGCUAUGAGGUAGAGAUGGACAACCCGCUUCUGGCUGACCUCCUGCCGCCCGUCCUGCACGCCAAAAGAGGAGUCCUCUUUGGAAACAUGCCCGACAUCUACAACUUUCACAGCAGCAUGUUUCUCCAGGACCUUGAGGGAUGCCUGGACACUCCCGAAGGUGUCGGACUUUGCUUUCUUGCCAGGAAGGAGAACUUCCAAAUGUACGAAUGCUACUGUCAGAACAAACCACGUUCUGACGCUCUGUGGCGGCAGUUCUCGGAUUGUGCCUUCUUUCAGGUCAUUUGUGCACAUGUUAAUCUGCAUGCACGUAUAAUACAGUCAUCCUUUGUCUGUUUAAUUUACAAUUUCUUCAUUCAGGAGUGUCAGAAGAAGCUGGGCCACAAACUGGGCUUGGACUCUUACCUGCUAAAACCAGUUCAACGCCUCACCAAGUAUCAACUGCUGCUCAAGGAGCUCCUGAAACAUAGCACUGACUGCAAGGGAUCAUCUGAACUGCAGGGAGCGCUAACAGCCAUGCUGGACCUGCUCAAAUCCGUCAACGACUCCAUGCAUCAGAUUUCUAUCACAGGAUAUGAGGGGGACAUUUGCGAGCUGGGCCGCGUGUUGAUGCAGGGCUCUUUCAGUGUGUGGAUCAGCCACAAGAAAGGGUCCACGCGCAUGAAGGAGCUGGCCCGCUUCAAGCCCAUGCAGCGCCAUCUGUUCCUCUACGAGAGCGUGCUGCUCUUUUGCAAGAAGAGGGAGGAGCAUGGGGAAGGUUGCGACAAAACGCCCUCGUACGGCUUCAAGCACUGCAUCAAGAUGACUGCUGUGGGGAUCACAGAGAACGUCAAAGGAGAUCCUAGGAAGUUUGAGAUCUGGUACAGUGGCAGGGAGGAGGUGUACGUGGUUCAGGCCCCCAGCGUGGCAGUGAAGAUGUCCUGGCUCAGCGAGCUGCGUCGCAUCUUAACCAACCAGCAGAAGUUACUGCGAGAUGAGAUUCAUCAAAAUGGACAACCAGUAGAGCACAUGCAUCUUUCUCCACCACCAUGUGAGAGGAAGCAAGAGAGAGCGUCGCUCAGUUCGGAGGACACCGAGUCGGGGAAGAGCAGCCCGGACGCCCAGCGGCGCGCCCCCAAAUACCAGCUCAACCGCAGGAGUUGGCCGGGAGCUCAUCAAAACUCGGUAACCAUCUGUGAGGGUCUGGAUGACACGAGUGGCGGCCGGCAUGCUUUCCACCAGCCUGACACGCAAAUGGUGAAACUGUCUCGAGGGAGAUAUCGGGCCUUGGCGGACUGCCUACAAAACGGACCGGACAGCGUCGUCAUCAAAUGCGGCGAUGUCAUCCAGCUGAUGUGUGAAGACAACAAAGGCCGCUGGCUGGUGAAGAAUUUGAGUCGCCACCAAGAUGGCUUUAUUGCUUCUGCUAGCCUGCAAAUGACCGUAAGAGAGAGCAGUCGAGCAGGCUCUUCCAGACUCAGGGGUAAAAGGAGUUUCCAUUUGCGUAGAGAAACAGGCAACGUCAGGACAAGAAAGCUCAGUUCUCCAUAGUGAGAUCAACGCACGUGAUCAGACCAAAAAAGGACAUCCUGUCCUGAUUUUGUGGCACUUUAAGGCAUUGGAAUUCUUCACACCCUCACAGGUUAGGAUUGACAAUCCGUUCUGGUGUCGCCCCCUCCACACACAUACAGACGUCAUAUAUGACCAGCACAAAAGCUGUGGAAGCCUUGCGUCCUUUCCCAAGACUCCAGAGUGCAGAUGUGAGCAGGAAUGCCUCACUUUUUGGCAACCAUUCUUUACCGGUCACGAGUGUUUGCUUUGACUGAAGAAACAUUCGAUCCAAGACUGGGUUCGAUUUCCUACAGAAUAUAUGGAUGUUUGACUGUGAACAUCAUACUAGAAAAAAAUGGCUUGAAGAAAAUCAUGGACCUGCACACAAUCAGAAUGCCUUGAUAUUAUUGCAGUACUCCCUGGAGACACUAGGGGACAUUCUGCACUUUCCCAGUAUCUGAGAACUGCUGUGUUUUUUUUUGUUGUUGUUUUUUUAUAUGGACACCCGGAUGACAUCAUACCCAGUUUCUAAGGGAAUUUCUAGCCAUUUGUAACGAGCCUUCUGUACUAUUCCUCAAGUGCCAAAAUAGUGUUUUCACUUGUUUUAUUUUCCUUCUCAACUUGGGGCGCUUAUGUCUUAGUGAGCAAAUUGUUUCAAGAGGACAAUCUCCACAACGAGGAAAGAAAAUCGCCUAUGUGUGUGUGUGUGUGGUUGCCUUUCUGAAUUAUUUCUGUGUGAGUGUGUGUGAAUGUGUGUGUGGGAAGAGGGCAUGUGUACCACCUACCUUCGGCACAUUGCUCAUUCAAUACAGUGAACCCCCAUUUAUCAUGGAGGAAGUGUUUUAUAUUUGUUGUGGCCUAACAUGGUACUACACCCAAUUUUAAAUUUGGACUUGCUUGUAUAAUGUAAAACCCCAUUAGAAAAACAAAACAAAAAAAACUUAAAAAUCUGCAGCCAAGAUACGGAAGAUGAACAGCGGGGUUCACUAUAAACAUGACGGGCACGAAUGCAAGCAACCGAUGGGUUAUCAAGCUGUGUGCUGCCUUCUUGGUUCCUGUUGUUAGCCCCGCCUUCAAGGCUUCCAUCACACAAGCCUGCUGUCUUUAAUGUGAGAUAGACUGAUGAUACAUCAUCAUGCGUUGAUCAACGCUUCAUUAAACAUUGACGCCACGCUUGUAUAAAUUGAGCAAAUCCGAGUGAGGGGUCCCUGUUGGGGAGCGGCUUUUGAUAUUGAAAUGUAUCUUGAAAGCGGCAGGAGCCUGGUCACAUGACAUUGUUUGUUCAAAUAUUUAUUUUGUCUUUGCGAGCUGCCCCCCCCCCCCCCACUCCACGCUACCAAAUGAAAUUAUAUCUCCGUUUCUUCCCGAAAGCCACGAUUGCUUGAAUGCUUACGUAACAAAACAAGCUGUGGUUUUGUAACUGUCAUGAAAAUGCUGCUGGUUUUGCACAGAUUUUUCCAAACAUGGGGAAAAAAAAGCUCAAUGUAUUCAUCUUGUCAAACCAAGAAGCCUAAACUUGGAUUCAUAUGUUUCUUGCAACCGGGUAGAAUAGUUUGCACAUUUUUUGCUAAAAAAAAAAAAAAGAAAAUGCAGUGUGGUCAGUGGUUACUAAGAUAUUUAUUGCAAUAACUGCUGUGUAAAUAAGCCUUUUGAUAAUUCCACUGUUUCAGAAAUGCAAUAUCUGUCCAGAAACGUUGACUGACUGGACAUGUCCCAUUUUCAGGGUUUCGAUUAAAGCCUACACAGACAACAAAA